AUGACUAGUGGUACAUCAGAAAAAUCAUUGAAACAAGAGAGUAGAAAUGUUGGAAAUUAUGAAAAUAAAAAUGCCAUUGAUGCAAAUUAUGAAAUUAGAUAUUGGACAAGAAUACAAAAUCACAAUGUAAACAAAAUGAAAAGAAGUGAGAAUAGCACACAUGUAACUGGAAAAAAUUCUUGUAUUGAAACUGAUUUUAAACGAGAAAUGAAACGUUAUUAUGUCGGUUUGAAACAAAAUCUUAAUAAAAUUGAUCGAAUACAAGAAGAGGCUGCAAUUAAAAUGAAUCGUUUAUACAAAGAAUCAAGAAAAUUAGCCAGACGAAGUCGAAAUGAAAAGAAGCAAAGUUUGAAAUUUUAUCGAAAACAUCCUAGCAAAUUUGGAAGUAAACGAAACUCAACAAGAGGAACAGACGAGGAAGAAAAUGAAGAACCACCACCACCACCACCACAACAACAACAAGACCUAGAACAAACACUGAAGGAUGAAGUAUUACAUAAUCAAAAUAAUGAAACAAUUACAUUAGAAACAAAACUAACAAAUCAGUCAUCAGUAUUAUCCCCUUUUCUGCCAGUUAUUUAUCCAAAUGAAGUUGUAUCAUUAACAUCUAAACGGAAUACUUCAGAAAGUACUUUAAAUGAGUCAGAAUUUAAACAAGGCCAGAUCAAUACUGAAUUGAUUAAACCAAAUAUUUCAUCAUGGCUUGAAACAAUAAAUGAAGGGAAAGACGAUCCUAAUGAUCAAGAAUCAGUGAAACCUUCAAAGCUCGACACUUCACGCUCUAUACAACAUCCUUUACAAAGGAAAUAUUCAAUUUGUGGAAAAAAUCAGACUCGUCAAAGUAUCGCUUAUUCAAUUAUCAGACAUAGAGAAAACCAGUUGCGUAAUUUAAAAGCAGCAUUAAGUGAAGCACCAAUAGCGUAUCUAUGGAAUGAUAAUUUAAAUAAAAGCACAACAAAAUUGAAAACAAAAUUCAUUUGUUCAAAAUAUAAAGAUAUCAAUUUACAAGCAAAACGUUGUAUUCCUGGUUCUAUUGGCGGUUUAUCAAAUUAUUUCCUAGAAAUUAUUGCUUUACCUAAACCUGCAUUGAUUCGUUUCCCACCACCGACUAGUAUGCAUCAAUAUAUACAUAAAAAAAUAUUAGCUAAAGAGAAACAGCAAAUGCAACAAAAUUUGAAUAGAUUAAGUCAUUUAACUGAAGAAAUGAAAAGAGUUUCAGAAGGUCAAAAAUUGAUGGCUGCAUUAAAAUUCUUACUGGCUUCCACAAGCAAUGAGAAAAAUGAAAAUAUUAAAUCUGAAGGAAUAAGAAAUUAA